UUUCACCUCACAGCCAACCGUUGGCCUACGCGGAAGGCCGAGCCGCCAGCUGCUGGCUGCUGUAAAGCAGGGGUGUGGGGUACGGGGCCCGCGGGGCGGCGGCAGCGGCGGCGCGGCUUUCCCGGGGCGGUGAUGGCGCGGGAAGGCGCCGGGAAUCGGGCGCCGUUGUAGCGGAUUCUGGGGCCGGCCUAAGGCGGCCUUAGCGCCAGUCGCGCGCCAUGGCCCCCAUGGGCAUCCGCCUGUCCCCGCUGGGGGUGGCCGUAUUUUUCCUGCUGGGGCUCGGGGUGCUCUACCAUCUCUACUCGGGCUUCCUGGCCGGCCGCUUCAGCCUCUUCGGCCUGGGCGGCGAGCCGGCGGGAGGGGCGGCCGAGGUGGCGGUCGACGGGGGCACGGUGGACCUGCGGGAGAUGCUGGCGGUGGCAGUGCUGGCGGCGGAGCGCGGCGGCGACGAGGUGAGACGAGUCCGCGAGAGCAAUGUCCUCCACGAGAAGUCCAAGGGGAAGACGCGCGAGGGCGCCGAGGAUAAGAUGACCAGCGGCGACGUGCUGUCCAACCGCAAGAUGUUUUACCUGCUCAAGACGGCCUUCCCCAACGUGCAGAUAAAUACUGAGGAACAUGUAGAUGCUUCUGACAAGGAGGUCAUUGUAUGGAACCGUAAGAUUCCUGAGGACAUCCUGAAGGAAAUAGCUGCUCCUAAGGAGGUACCAGCAGAAAGUGUGACUGUCUGGAUUGACCCACUUGAUGCUACACAGGAAUACACAGAGGAUCUUCGAAAGUAUGUCACUACCAUGGUGUGUGUAGCUGUGAAUGGCAAACCUGUGCUAGGAGUUAUUCAUAAGCCAUUUUCUGAAUAUACAGCUUGGGCAAUGGUCGACAGUGGUUCCAAUGUGAAAGCCCGCUCUUCCUACAACGAGAAGACCCCAAAAAUCAUUGUGUCUCGCUCUCAUGCAGGAAUGGUCAAACAGGUUGCUCUUCAGACGUUUGGAAACCAGACUUUAAUCAUCCCGGCUGGUGGUGCUGGUUAUAAGGUUUUAGCCCUCUUGGAUGUACCUGAUAUGACUCAAGAAAAAGCAGAUCUAUAUAUUCAUGUGACGUACAUCAAAAAGUGGGAUAUAUGUGCUGGCAAUGCUAUCUUAAAAGCCCUUGGCGGGCAUAUGACCACUCUGAGUGGUGAAGAGAUCAGUUAUACUGGGUCUGACGGCAUUGAAGGGGGACUCCUUGCUAGCAUCAGAAUGAACCACCAAGCUUUGGUCAGAAAACUUCCGGAUUUAGAAAAGUCGGGUCAUUAGUAAGCAUUCCUGACCACAGGGUGCAACUUUUCUAGAUUGAAUUGUUUGGCCUGAACUGUUGGAAGCUUUGAAGGACUGGUGGAGAUCAUGCAUGGUUGAGGCCUUCCUUAAGUACUUUGAAAGUACUUAUGAAGCAUCAGAGACUUACUUUCCCUGUAAUAGGACACAAAAUCAGGGAAAUUGAUUUGCUUCAUUUCUCAAGUAUUGUCUUUAUUUUUGAGACUAUUUUCAUACAGUUGUCAUACACAAGGCGCAUAUAUAUAUAUAUAAUUAUAUAUAUAUAUUUGUGAAUUAAAAUCUAGAGCUAAGUCUACACUCUACUGAGUCACCAUUUUCACACAACAAAUGAUGAAUCUGCGCUGUUGAAAUUUCCAUAUAGAAUUGGGUUUGAGGAAGGCUUCGUUUUAUGUAGAGUUUAGUGUAACUUUGAGGUUGUAUCUUAUUAAAAAUCAAGUCAUUGGUGAUUUUUACUCCUCAGAUGGAAAGCACAAGAAGUCUCAUUCAUUAAUAUGCAACAAGUGGUCUGUUCAUCUACCUUUCCAUGGAUUUAAUAGAAAAGGCUUAAAUAGGUUAUUUUCUUUGAAAAUUGUACUAACAGAUUCCCCCGCUGGUAGAAAAUACAGACAAAUGACUGGAUUAUAACUGGACUUGUCUGAGUGCUGCUGUUGAUUUUCACGUUCCCAUGGAGGGGCCAUGUCCAUCCUUUCUCCACUGAACAGGAUUCAGUUUUUACCAGAAAAGUUGGUUUUAAGUUUCAAUAUUAGUACCAUGAUUUGCUCUAUUUUCUCAGCAGAGAUGAAAUACACUGUAAGACACUCUAAGAAUAUAAAUGAGUUUGUAAUAGUGGAAAGUUACUUGACAUACAGACUGAAUAGUUUUAUUUUUUAGGAAUUAUGUUUUAGUUAAUUUCUACACAUUCUCUUAUUAUCAAGAACAGGAAUGGCUCUUUCUUUGCUAUUAAUAGACUUACUUAAAAUAACCAAAUUGUCAAAUGAAUUACUUUUGACACAAUUCUAUAGUUUCUCAUUGUUAAAAAAAAUUUUUUCUUUUCUACUCAGCAGAAUGUGGUUAGAAAAAGAUAUGGUAGCAUUUGUCAUGUAGCUAUAACUAAGAACUUGUUUUCUGAGCUGUAUUUGUUGGUGUGAGUAGUUUUUCUUCAUAUGAUCUAGAAAAUCUAUGUAAAUAAUCAUGUUUUUUCAUGUGACUUUGAUGCCCUUGUAAACUUUAAUGAGGAACUUCUCAUUUUUUCUUUUCUUAAAAAUGUAAGCCUAAAAAAGAAUUCUAUUUAUUUUCCUAUUUUAGAGCUAAAAUUGAGCAAGGGAUGACAUCGUAAUCUGGUAUAUUUCGCAUACUUUAGGUUUCUAUGCCGUGGAGCCCAAAGCCUGUCCCUCCUCAGACAGUACGAGUGCUUUGCCCCGUGCUUAGCAGCUGGUAACAAAUGCACUAGAUUGUCCUUUGUGGGGUGAAAAUUCAAAGCUUUGGUAUUUGGACACUUAGUAUUUAUCUAACAGGACUUGUGACUUUUUAAAACAGUUUCGGACAACUAAUCUAAUCACUAGAUAACAUUACAAGAGAAUCAAACUCCUGCUUUCUCUGAGGGGAUGCCAAGAAGCAGGCACUCUGGACCAGAACCCGUGACGGGGCGUCUGUGUCCACGGUAGUGUGUCAGAGCAGGAGAUGGAGUUUAACUGGGCACGUUUUAAUGUGCAGAAACUUUAUCACUUAUUUCAAGUAAACUAGCUCAUAUUUGUAAGCAUAAUUGAUUUUGUUUUUGUUUCAUUAAUAGGUAUCACUAAGAGUAAGAAUGUUGUGUGUUGUGCUCAAAAGUAAAGAUGCUGUCUGAGAGAGGAAAGUAUUUUUUAUAACUUGUUCAUGUUGUUUAGUUACUAAUGAUUUUACAUACUUUUAUAGACAGUUCAUUUUUAAAAAAUGUUGUUUAAGAGCCAAUAUAUGUUACAAGGAAAAUAGUAUUUAUUUAUGUGGGGUAUUAUUGUGCCAGAACAUAUCUGCUGUGGACUAUGUAAUACCUCUUAGAAUGAAUAUUAAAUUGUUUUAUUUCUAAAACAGCAAAACAAGUUAAUAUUUAGAAACUUACCUGUUUCCCUGUAGUAGAAGCAGAGACAUCCCCAGCCUCAACAGGUGACAUCAGGUGUCUCCUCCUCAGACACAUGUUGUCUCUUAGCUGCCCCUGCCCUUUUUCCUUUUUGGCUCUCUUUCUUAGCUAGCAUGCCACCUUGCCCCAUGCCUAACCCAAAUUCUUUUAUAACCUGAUUCCUCUUUAUAUUGGCCACUGAACAGGUAGAAUUGAGACUUUGGUAAACUUCACAGUGAAAGUGAUCAAUCCUGGAAGAGACCUAGUUAACCAUUAUUUUUGAGGCUUAAUGAGAUGUAAAAAAAGUUACCUUGGAAACUAUAAGCAUUUCAUGCUGUUAAAUGACUCAAUACUAACAUUUUUACCAAGCACUUCUUCCUACCUAUCUCAAGAAUAUAAGCCUGGAAUGUGCUAGUGAAUUGGAUAGGGAAGCCCACUUGAAGGAACCUCAUUUUUCUGUUGGUUUCCAUUCUUAUAUCCACAGUCUUGACUUCAUUUGCGUUUACAAGGCUGUACAAAACAGUCAUAGUCUUAGUGGGUUUUUCUCCUUUCCCAGUUUUAUGGUUUUCUUUUCCUUUUUUUCUUUUUUCCUUUUCGUUUUUGGACUAAAAUUCUCAAUGAGAUAUGAGUGAUAAAUAGUGAACUGACAAGAGCGUCUAGAUUUAUGUUUAUAUGACAGCUAUGGAGAUUCUUUGAUUCCUGAGGCUCCUUUGGACUGUUCUUCAGAUCAUGUCAGAAGAAAUACUUAGGGCCAAGGUUAGGAAGAGAUGCAAGAUAUGGAAGCCCAGGGCAAGGCUGAGAGACUAGCAUUUGCCCUGGCUCCUGUCCCUACCUGCUCUUAGAUGCUAAGUUCAGAAGUAGGAGAACACUCUAGCCAUGAAGGUAGUGCUCUAGUAACUCAAGCACAGAAGUACAGUGGAGUGCCAACCAUUUUAACUUUCUUGGUCAUAGUUGGUGGCCAUCCUGGGACAACCUGGAAGGUUCAAGCAGAAACUAUUGGGAUUGUUCUAGCUGCAACUACCUAUGGUGGCUGUGUGUAUCAUUUCUGUGUAGAAACAGUAGUUUUUCGUUUUAGGUCUGAUUAAAAUGUUUUUAACGAUAUACCUGCGAAGUAGCUCUGUCUUAAAACUGUGUGUAGAAAAAAAACUAAUCUUUGGGAGUUUUCCUUAAAAAAAGUUGUGCCUUAAAUAGGGCAUUGUAUGUUAAUAAACAAAACUUUUUUUUAAUAAGUGGGGAAAGUAGCUUUUUUCCCAUUAAAUUUUAAGUUCUUUCAGUGUGUUUUAUAUCAGAGUUGGGGAAAAGUCGUUAAAAUUAAAUAAAACUGAUGAAUUAUUUUUGCAUAAUGUAGCAUUUACAGUUGAAGUACAUUUUUCUAAGAACUGGAUCAUGAUAUAUGUAAGUCUGAAAUGAUGUUUCAUCAUUUGGUUUUUAAUUAGAUGUAAGACCAGGAUAGAUUGAAUUUUACAAAAUUUUACUUUUAAAUAAAUUAUUUCAGACAACUUUAUAUUCCUCUAGUUCUCUGGAGUAACUUUGGUUAAAAAAUAGCUGUUAGUGGUACGAUUUUGGUGGUCUAUUAGUUAAAUAAUAUUGUGUGUUAUUACUUAACAGAGUUCCUGAUGAGGGAAGGAUUCUAAUCUUGACCAGACAUGGUUGUGAGGGGACUUCACAAUAGUGAAGUUCAGCAGUGACAUGGUUCUGUGAGGUGCUGAUAUACAUGUAAAUUGUUCUUUUUUACAUUAUCAAAGCCUAGCAGGUAUAUGUAUUCUGACUUAGCAUUAACAGGGUUUUUUGAUUUUUAUUAUUUUUUGAGUUGGGCAGUAAAUUAAUUUAAUGGAAGAAAUGAGAUGUUUGCCUUUGAGAUAAUACAGAACAAACUCUGAAGUUAAGGAUGAUGAAUUAAAACUGAUUAUAUAUUGUGUUUGUGGUCAUUCCCUAAAGUAUUAUAUAAUAUAUCUUGUAAAUUGCAAAAGCAGGGGUAUUAAUGUUUGUCAGUAUAUUUAGUAUUAUUUUAAGGUAUAAAACAAGUGUCAUUCUGGAAAGACUUGUUCCUCCAUUUAAAAAAAAAAAAAACUAGGAAAGUAACAUACUAAGUUAACAUGAGAUACUUAAUCUGAAACAAUCCCAUGUCGCCAAAUAUGGUCUACAGCCAUUUGGAGAGGGACUCUUGUCCUGUACUUGCAGUUCCCAGGACCAGCCUUUAUAGUGUAACAGGGUGUCUAGAGUCAUCACUCUACCUAUUCAUAGGGCUUGUUCGUAUUGGCAGUGCUGCCUUGAGCAGCCUAUGCCUGUGUCACCAGAACUGUGUCCUUCUCCCUUUAAACUAUUUUUUCAUCUUCUCCUCCUGUUGAUCCAUUUCUUAAAAAUGGGUCAACCAUGAAAGAAAUUUAGAUAUUUACUUUUGAAUACUUUUUUCUUUUCAUAUAUAUAAAGCCAUGGAAGAAAUAAGCCGUUUUCCUUUGGCAGAGAUGCCACAUUUUCAUAGCAGACUCUGACCUGCCAACCCACUUCACCAGAUUGAAGUGGAACUCAGUGGUGUCACCUGAAGAAACAUCUCCAUCCAUGGCCUUAGAAGAGUGCUUUAUGCCUCACGAUACUACUUUUAUAAAUGCUCUUAGUGUACUUGCUAAGGAGAUGGAGGAUGUCUGAUUGUGCGUGUGUUUUCACCAUAUUCCUAGUACCUAGUGUCUUGCACCAACUCAGUGCAGACUGUGGGUUGAGUUGAACUAAAAGGUCACUACUAGUGUUAGCAUGCUUCACACCUCAGUAGUAUAAGCUAGUUGUUUCCUUUGCUGAUAUUUGUAAUUAUCACCCACAUACAUGACGUUGUGUUUUGCUGUCGUUUUUUAGAGUUUUGCCUUUCCUCUAGAUACUACCCCAUGUCAAUUAACUGUAAAAAAAAAAAAUGUGAUUGCUUCUAAUGAAAUAAUUAACCCAAACCCUGCCCCUCAAUAUACUUUGACAAGUGAAAUUUGAAUUCAUCAAAUAAAUCAGUCAUGUCUGAAAAGGUUGGUA